GCGCCGUUGUAUAUCGGGACGCCCCGCGUCGGCGUCGCCGAGACGGUCUUCGAUAGAAGGCAGCACCACCACCACAGAGCAGUGGUGGCCAGGCAUUAUCAGCAACCGCCAUAUUGACUGAACUCUGGGUGGCCCACCACGGCACCGUUUCUCAGGUUGAGACAUUCGCGAGAAUUGUCUCACUUUCGCGUUAAGACAAAAAGAAAGGAAAAAAAAAAAAUUUUAAUUCUCCCUUAUCCCAGUAAGUAAUUUCCCCCCACUCCCCCCCCAAAAAAAAAAACAAUCCUCCCUCGAGCAGCAAAAAAAUAAUUUCGAAUUUUUUUUGGAGAAAAAUUUUUGUGAACAAGUGAAGUGUGAAAUUGUUUUUUUUUUUUUGGAAAAAUGUGAAUUGAUGAUAAUAAUUGGUGUCAGGAUUGUUAAGAAGAAGAAGUAGAGAAGAAAAAUAAAAGUGGGGGAAGAGGAGGAGAAGGAGGAAGAAGAAUAAGAAGAUUUUAAGAAACGAAAAAAAAAAAAAGGAAAAAAAAAAAAAAAAAAAAAGUGGGGUGCAUGUCGUUGCGCUCGUGACCCCGGGAUUUCCUCGAAGAGAAGCACCCUUCUAGCACGACGGCAGCGUUGCGACGUUGGUCUCCCUCCGUGUACCGUGGGCGCCAAUCAAUAACGAGCACAGUCCAACUCAACUUUCUCUCUCUCGCUCUUGCUCUCUUUUCCCAUCUCUUUCCCUCCUACCUCUCUCUCUUCCUCUCCUCUCUCUUUCACGGAUCCCAUCUCUCUCUCUCUUUCUCUCUUUUUCAAACCAGAUUCUCACCACCGCAGCCACUACAAGAGCACCCCGAGGCUGUGGGAUCAGGAGGAAUCAAAAAAAAAAAAAACCUGAUUUUCAGUGACAAAAUAUGUCCGCUGUAAAAUUUACCCCAUUAGGGGUAAAUUUGGAAAAAAUGGGUACUAAAUCCAUUUAGUAAAUUCCGGAAGUAGUUUAUUUAUAAUUGAAAAAAGGAAGUUACUAAUCAAGUAACUUGUUACUACUUGUUAAUAAUUGUAACUACUUGUUACUACUUGUAGUAGUCAAGUUACUACUAUAGUAUACUAAAAAUAGUAGCCAAAUAAUAUUUAAAAUCCACUAAACAGUGGAAAAUCAUCAUGGACCAAAUAUGCAAAAAUCUGGAUUUAAUUUAAAUCAUCAUUAUCAUCAUCAUCAUCUUCUUGGGGAAUUAUUAUUGUUGACGAGCGGAUGUGCAGUGAAAUAUCGCGAGGUGGCGUAGUGUGAAAACGUGUAUAAGGGGGGUGUGCAGAGGGAGCAUGAGGGCAUCGGGCGAGGCCCGUUUAGGUGGUCCAUCAGGACCAGGCUGAGGAUCAUCAUCAUCAUCAUUGUUAAUCUGAAGGAUUUUCAUCUUAAGCAACAUCUUCAUUUGGCAUGAAGAAAGAGAGCCUCUUAUCUGAAAAUUUAUAUUAAAUUAAUUUUGAGGGCAAAACUACCCCCACCAUAAGGCCCACGAAAUUAGGGGCCUCUGAUAAAUAAUAUAUAUAUAUAUAGAUAGAUCUAUAUAUAUAUAUUAAGAGAGAGGAUUAUUGUAAGACGCACGCGGGAAGCGAGCUGGACUCGCUCCUAGCGCAUGGAACAUGAUAGAGAUGUCGAGUGGAAUUGGUGCAACUGCUAUGGGGAUUGGCGUUAGUCACGGCGCUGGAGGUGGUGAGGGUGUCGCAGGUGGGGGAUGUCGUCUAAGGGCCCAAAGUCAGGCCUCUGGGUCUGUUGUGCAACAAUCGUCGCAGCAACAACAGUCGCAGCUGCAGCAACAGCAAGGAGGAGGGCAACAACAAUCGCAAUCGCAGCGCCAAGCGCCGGGAUUAAUGGGACGCUCCAAAAAGGACAACUGUUGCCUUUGUUGGUGUUGCUGUUGCAGUUGCUCGUGUUUGGCGGCGGUUGGUAGUGGAAAUGCAGCCGGUGGUGGUGAGCAGGGUAAAAAGAAAAACAACAGUGGCGAACAUGGAGUUGUUGGCGAUCCAACAAGUGCAAGUACGGGAAAUGGACUUGAUGGAUUAGAUGGGAUUGAUGGUGAUAGCGAUUAUUGCAAUUUAGAUGAAAUUCGAUCGUGGGGCUCGUCAUUUGAUAAGCUCAUGAGGAAUCCAGCUGGAAGGAGAUUAUUUCGUGAAUUUCUCGUUAGCGAAUAUAGCGAGGAAAAUAUUGCAUUUUGGCUCGCAUGCGAGCAGCUCAAACGCGAAACAAAUUCCGAGAGAAUCGAAGAAAAAGCCCGCUUAAUAUACGAGGACUACAUAUCGAUACUCUCUCCAAAAGAAGUGAGUCUGGACUCGCGGGUGCGCGAAAUCGUGAAUCGAAAUAUGGUGGAGCCAACGCCUCAUACGUUCGACGAGGCACAACUACAAAUUUACACUCUGAUGCAUCGUGACUCCUAUCCACGUUUUGUCAACAGUGAAAUUUACAGGCGAACAGCGAGACUCGGUAGCGGGCCACCCAGUCCAACGGGCACCGAACAAGAACACACAAACGUCACCGGAAAGUCAAAGUCAAAAAAAUCGAUGACGUAAUCUCGCUCGACAUAAAAAAAAUAGGUAACGUUUUUUUCUAAAUCGACCACCAAAAAAAAAAAACGUUUUCUAAAAAAAAUUCGAUCUCCAAAAAAAAACAAAACGUGCUCGUAUUAUAAUUAUCGACGCUAUCGUCGCGUCGAUUUUGCACACACGAAAAAAAAAAAUUAUUAUUGGAGUCGUCUCGAUAAAUAAAUAAUAAAAAAAAAUAGGUUAACAAUGGUCUUCCAAGCGAAGCCACGGGGCCAUGAAAUAAAUGAAAAAAAAAUAAAAUAAAUCACGCUAUGAAAAAAUAAAUACUAAACACGCGACAGUGAUUUAUUUAUUUAGAAAAAAUUAUAUCCAAAUAAUUACGGACUUGGAAUUACAAAAAAAAAAGUAAUUUCAAAAGUAGAGGAGAAAAUAAAAAUGUAAUCGUUUUGCAGUCCGGGGAUAUGCGUCGUCGUGAUUGAUUUACAUUUUUUUUUGUGAAAAAAAAAAAUUUUAUUAUUUAUUAUUAGAGCUGAGACUAGUGUCGAUUCCUUGAUUGUUGAGCGUUACCUCCCACUUUUGCCAAUCACAGAGCGCGUCACUCCCACUCCUUUGCCUCGGCAACCAAUCAUUUGCGCGCUACUCCCACUCUAGUUCUCCGCGUAACCAAUCACAGUGCGCCAUUUCCCCAUUCUUCCAUCGUCACUUAACCAAUCACAUCAUCCACUCCUCUUCCAUUUCUAUUCAACAUUUGUUGUUAGUUAACAAAAAAAAAAAAAAGUGGGAGUGUCACGCAAUUAAAAAAAAAAACCAUAACGAAAUACAAAAAUAGAAUUAAUUCCCACUUCGCACAAUAUUUUUCUCAGUCUCUAAUUCGAAAAAAGACAAACGAAAUCGAUUCCAAUCGAUUAAGAAAAAAAAAAAAAAAAUAAUUAGAGACUCAAAUGUGAGACUACAAUUUUUCAGUGGUCACACAUAAUUCUAGAAAUUUUAAAAUAAUAUCAGCUGAUGAUACCAAUGAUAUGUAUAGAUAAUGUUUUUUCAAUCCUUGUUCACUUUUCUAUAAGGAUUUUUUAUGUGUAAAAAAAGAGAAUUGUUAAAUCAGGAUGAAUUUCCUAAAAAAAAAAAAAUUUCGACUGCUUCUCAGCAGUUUUACAUAAAUAUAUAAAUAGAAAAAAAAAGAAGAAGGCGUUUUUUCUUCUUAUAUAUAAAUAAGAUUUAUUUAUUUGUUUCAAUUCCAAAGUUGUUAGACAAGCUUUAUUCUCAAAAACAAAAAUAGCAUUUUUUUUUCCAAGUUUAAGAGAGAGAAAAAAAUUAGAGUACGAACUCGAUUUUUUUUCUUUCUGAGAUGGGGAAAAAAUGGUUCAUUAUUAUAAUUAGCAAAAUAAAAUUUUUUGAAUUAUUUGAAAAUUUUCAUUAUUUGUAAUAAAUUACAUCUGCUACAGUUUCUUAUGUAUAUUUACGUGAAUAUAAACGAUAAAUAAUAAGAAUGUAUUUGCGAUAAAAAUGUGUUCGAGCUAAUUGAUAAGCUACUGGAUUUUAAUGUCCAUGUACGAAUUAAAAAAAAAAAAAAUAACUGUACAGUCGAGAAGUAAAAUUUCAAAAAAAAAUUUAAUCUGCAUGAGAUUUAUUUAAAAAUAAUAAUGAGAAAAAAAU